GUUAGUUCGGAUGAUCCGAUAUGAUGGCAAAACUCCUACCUGCUAUGGCAGCCUCUACGCUGUGGAUUAUUGCGAGAUAACUUCUAUCUCGUACUUAGAGCAGACGGAGAACCCCACUUUGAAACUUCAUUCAAUUGGCAUUCGCACUCAACUGCUUUCCAUUUUCUUGAACAUGGGAACCGGCACUAUUCGAAUCAGUUCGUUAACUCGAGUUACACUACGAACAGAGUGCUGCCGUUGAUUGAUUGCAAAAGUCUGAUUCCCUAGUGGCACUUGCUUGUUAGCUGAACUUAUCUUUUCUUUCCGGCGAAGGGAAACAUGGAUCAGUUGCUGCUGCCGUAAGAAUCCGUAUUUUGGGAUCUGCAGACGCAAGAGGAGCGUGCUAAUAGAAUCGAAUACUACUUGCGAAACGGAACUCAGAUGACUUGAUCUUGAUAUUUAAGUAUGUAAUUUCGAGAAGCGGAGGGAAUAGGCCCUUUAAGUUAAGCCCAGAAAGCACCUACUCUGGAAUGCCUUGGAAAUAUGCUCACUCAGUUGUGAGAACAGUCUUUCGUUUCGAACAAGUGAAUACGGACUUCCGGAUUGGGAGAUCGGAACUGUCCUUUGGGGUAGUGCGCCAGAAGAUACCCGGCCUUUUUUAGCGUGGAAUAGGAGCAGUUGUCAAAGAAUCUCUUCUCUAGCGAGGAAUAGGAGAUCAGUCGUAUUCUCGUUCUAGGAAAGGCGUAUUAUCGUUCUAGUGCAGCAGGCUAUUCAUUCUAAGAUAAGAGUCAAGCUACCCAAUUAGAGGAAGGGACUUCCGUCAAGAGUAAAGCGAAUCGUUCUAGGAAUGCUACUCCUUCCUUUUCUCGGUCGUAUUAUCGUUCUGGGAAACGCAGAGUUGUUGUUGAUGGCAUUGGCUAUUUGCAGUAGAAAUGGGGGAAGCAAGCAGUUCUUGGAUUGGCCUAACCCCCAGAGGGCUUUCCUUCAAACUUCACUAGACGACUCCCCAUAUUCUACUGUGCAGUCAACUCGUUUCAUUUUCUUUCAUUUCACCCCAUCUAAGUAAGGGCUUAUUUUCCCUCUGAAAAACAAACAAGAAAAACCAUCAAAAACGAUGAAAAAAGACAGAAAAACGAGACAUAUUUGCACCUUUUCCGCACUGAGGAAAAUCGUAGAACAAUCUCCCUUUUCUUUGUCCGGUUAAAAAAGAAAGAUAGGAUAAGAUAGGAAUAUAGGUACUAUGAGUAUGAGACGGACAGUAUGAGUGAGUGGAAGGAUGGAGGUCCUACCACGAACGGAAGUAAGAACCAAGGAAAGAGAGUGCGGGGCCUUCCGUUCCUACUGUACAAUCUAAAGAUCCGUCCUGUUGCGAUGCGAGGAAUAACAUAAAUAUCAGUUCAAUCACAAACACCGAGCUGCCACAUACUUCUCUUGUUUAUCGACCGGAGGGGAGGUUACCUACUAUAGCGAGAGCGAGCGGCAGAAGCAGAAGAGAAGCAGAUCCUUAUACGAUUCUAGAAACUGGCACUGGUACCUCCUCCUCCAAGAGGAACUUGGUAAUCUAGGGCGGGCCGCAUAACUAGUAAAGUGCAUUUGCCUAUACCACAGGACAGGGGUAGAAACUGAAGUAGAAGAGUGCAGAGUGCCAACCAGUUCACCACUUUGGUUUAGAAUUUAGGUUUCCCAGAAGAGAAGGAUUUCUAUUUGAUGGACCUGUAAAAAGUGUCCUUGCCAUGAUAAGACGCAGGAAACGACCCACCUACCGCUAGGAAUGACUCUCCCCCCAUGCAUGCCCAUGGGACUCUCUUUAGCUGCCUGUUUCAAAAUCCGAUUAAGUGGUUCUAAGGAAUGGAUUGCGAAGGAAAAUAAAUAUCGAUAUCGGGGACGAGGGCUCUGCUCACCACUGUGAUUGGGCUUCAAUUUCCUCUUUUUACUCAAAUAUAUCCAUAGCUUCAUUCCUUCCUUGCAAGGUUCUUUUUCAACACAGGAUUUCGUCUUGCUUUCCGUUUCUAUCCCCUCGGAAUACUGCUUAGAUCAGGCUGUAGGUACCGGGCUCACUCACUCAACCAGGGAAGACCACAUUGCUUAAAACUAAAGAGAAGGACGUGAUGUCUUUCGGAAGCGCCGGCCACCAUGAACACGAUAUUGGCUCCGCACUAGAUUUCUCAAUAGCUACAUAGUUCAAAAGUAGACAGUAUGGAUCUUCUUGUUCGGUCCUAGAGAAAAGGUCCUUUCGAAAGAAAAGAGGAAGGUCCAAUGGCUCAAAUUCUAUGACCCAGAUCCUGAGGCGGAGAAUUCUUUAGAGGCUCCAAACUUGAGAAGUGGAACCGCUACCUAACCCAGCUCAGGUUUCUGAAGUGCCUGCAGCAUAAAUCAGUGAACAGGUUGGAUGUGCAAUCUAGCCGAUUGCCUAUUGCUUUCCAUCAAGCAACUAAUUGAAAUAGAAGGCAAGAGCUCCAGUUCCAGUUCCUGUUGGGCAAGGGGGAUAGUACAAUCUACGGGACAAGCCCGGUUUAUUUAGACCUAUUUCUCUGAACUGAACCGACAGAAAUUUGAUACUGCUUGCUACCGCCUAACAAGAACAUAUAACUUUCCGAUGGAAACUAGACCAACGCUUGGAUCAAGAGAAGUGCCAGCUGGGUCUCAGGUAUCCAGCGCCGGUUGUUAGGGAGAUUAGUCGGCAGGCUUAUCAGAUUGUGUGUGCAUCUAUCCUUUCCUAAAGCUUCCCUCUACCCCUGAAACUCGAAUCCCUCUUUGGCAUAGGAAUAGGAGCUGGUCAGUAGUAAGCAUUUCUGGUUCCUUGUCUCUUUUGUGUGAGUGUUAGUCUAUUUCCAUUUCCCAUCCAUUCACCCGGAAGGGAACAGAACCGCUUUUCAUUCACCACUGCUUUCCUACCAACAAGAGAAGAGAAGAUAUUCUCUGGCACUAUCGCAUCACGCGUUGCUGAAGAUGAAGAGCAGACAAGAGAUAUUUUCUUCACUACCGAACCGAUUCGCAGUUGACUUCCUUCGGCCCUUGAUCUCGUUCCAAGAGAUUUGAUUCCUGUAAGGGUGCCGGUACUUAUUCCCGGCAGGCGGAAGGAUCCCUUUUGAGUGCCAGUGCUGCUCACUAUGGGCCAAAACCAGCCUUUUUCUUUCGUCAGCAAACACCAUCUGAGUUCAUGGUAGGUGAUAUCGAAACGCUUCCCUAUCAAAUAGGUAAGGAACUAGGGACCAGAGUAAGGGAUCUAUUGAUCAAGGUCAUGUCACCUCACCGUUGACAAUCUGUGUCCAAACCGGAUGGAAUAGAGGACAUAUCCAGAACAGGAAGGAUCUCCUAUUACUAGGGACUAGGGAAAAAGAGAAAGAGAAAGACAAGUCUAUUUGCUUGGAUGCCGGUUAUAGGACUAGUAAAGUCAAGGAUGGAAACUAUAACGUAUCCAUUUCUGAUUGUGGUUGGAUCCCUGGGUGGUGCUGGUAAAGAAUACUCAUAUCGCUCUAAGACAUACCAUGUUUAUAGCUAUCUUAGGCGCUAGUCUAGUAUAGUAAAUGCGGCGGUAAUGAUGAUUUCUACUCAGCUCUGGCAAGAGUUUCUAUUUCGAAGGGAAUAGGUCUAGAGUAACUAGAAUACCAGGCCAACUCUUUGAACAGAACGGAAAGAGAGUCCACUUCUGCAUGGAUCCUUCAUUUCCGGAACAAGGAAGCUGGGCGUAGACCCGUUACUUCUUACUUUACUACGGUGGAGGGGAUGCCAUGAUUCCAAUGCGUAUUGACUAGGUCGUAAGAGAACUACUUGAGCUCUAAUACUUUGAUCCUCCUAUAGGACUCGAAACCAGUCUACGCCCUUGCCCUGUAGGAAACUAGACUCGCUAGUAAAGAGGAGGCGGAUGCUUCGCUUUAGGCUUGGCUUGAGCUUCCGUUUAUUGGAAAAGUGCCGUAGCUCUAGUUGGGAAACAUUUCCAUUCCUGUCUUCAACUGAACCCUGGCCAGUUCCCUGAGCAGAUCCAUUAGCAUAGCAACAAAGGGUUGUUUUCUAUCACGACAGAUUCGCCUAUUCCUCGCAUCACAACAAGACAGACGUAUCUCUUGCCAGGUCCUUUUCUGGAUCUCAUUCCAGGCCAGUUGGGAAGAGGAUUCGCCAGACCUUGGUUUGGUUUUAUGUAAAAUUGGAAUCGUGGCCAUAAUCAGGUAUGGCACAUUAUGAAGUAACUGGAAUGGGAAUGGGGUCUUACUUCGAAUUGGACACGGACGCACUAUUGGAUUUCCUUUUCUGAAGGCUAGGGCUAUAUCCAUUAGUAUCAAAUGCCUUAAUUGCUUUAUUUUCUUUCUUUGGUUUAGGCGUUCCAUUGCCUCAAUCUUCACCAUUGGUACAAGAUCCCCUCAAGAACUGCUCUUUUCAGAACGUUCAAUCUGAGUAGAGGCUGAGCCACACAUCAUCUCACCCAUUGGGGACUUUUACUUCCUCUUCAGGCCUUGUAGUGAUUUAUGUGAAAAAGUGGAAAUUCAAUUUCCAUUAGCCACCACUACUAUCAUGGGUACAGUCUGUGUAAUCUUGCAUUGUUCCUAGCUAUGCUUUGUAUCUUCGAAUACACUUGACUAGAGCUUGCUUGUGGAUCGAAUAUUUCAAAGAACGAAUACUUCCGCAUAUGCCGACGGCGAAAGCAAUCUCCUAGUGUCUAGUGUUCGUGGUCUCGACCUAUUUUCCAUUGGUAGAAGCCUGCCGUUUCUAUCAAAGCUUUUCCAACAAAGAAGAAGCCCCAUAUUGCAGCUGAAAGAACUUACCCACCCGGCACCUAAUGAUACACGUACGUAGGUUAUGCCUCUAAUAGUAUUUCCAACCACCAGGUCCGCUUGAGAUUAAUAAGAUUUGGGCAGAUGGGGGGGCUUUAAAAGCUUAGAAGCUGAUCCCAUCCCACACUUAGAAUGAAUAGUGCACUCUCCUCUCGUGGCUGUUGCCGAUCGCUUGAUUGAGAAGCAGCCCUCGACUCGGUCUACAACUCUAAGAUCUCAGGAUUGGCACUCUUGAGGGCGGACACCGGCCUAAACUCCUUCUGUUGAACCCCUGGAGAGGAGGGACCUCAGGAACAUAAACAUAAAACAGUGGCUUUCGGAAGCAAAGGUUGACCUCUUCGCGGCAUUACUCUUUGGCACUAUACUCGUAUCCGUGUCCUGGUAGAAGAUAGAUCUCAGUCAUGGCUAGAGGAAUGUGAUCCGUUGUGGAAAGGCAAUAUAUUUUUGAUUUCAAGCACAGGCGCAAGUAUGCCACUUAGGGGGAGUAAGCACAGCUCGUCGUAGGAUAGCAAUCCACAUAAAAGAGAGAAGUAGUUUAAGUUGAUGCCAGUGUGGGUAAACGAACUCUUUAGCCGGAUCUGGAGAUGGCGACUAGCGCAUAAGCCUGCUGACUAAACGAGCUGUUCUGGACUGGAUACGAGACUGACUCCCCAGAGACCGGGGAUCACUGAACCCUAUUAUUCCAAGCAUGGGCUUUAGCGGAGAAAGGUGCUGCUCUAAUGGCGAACCAAACAGCUUCAAAGCUCCGAGGGAAGAAAGAUUUGACCCCCAUUGAAACCUGUCUUUGAAAGGUGAUACGAGCACAGAAAUGUAGAUAGCCCUCUAGUCCGGAUGGAUGGCAGUCUCUAUCUAGUACGAGAUUCCACUGGUUCACAUCAUUCACUAAUCGAAAACUUACGUUCAGAUUACGUUCUGCAUGAAUGCUUGCUCAAACCUCUAAGUGCUCGUACCUGGCCCAGACCUAACAAGUGCCACAGUUCUUAAGUAUAGCGGAUCUCAUAUCGGGCAGUCAAGCAUUUCUCUAGUCUGGUUCAGAAGCCGCACCGUUGGCCAAUACCUCUAGCAAAGAUCGAGUGAGUUCGUUCUCACCUUUUUGAUGGGAACUCCUUGCUUGAGUUCCGUCGACACCAAAAAGUAUUGAAUAGCGCUGACACUCCUUCCUAUAUUCCUCUCUGGCAAGUCCACGGCAUCAAUCAAUACGAGUGAGAAGUGAAAACCUCGCUCACAAGCACGGGUGUCGAACUCUAGUCUAGAUCAGUGCCAGUGCGGCACUACGAGUCAAGGUGCCGGAUGAUUGAUCGAGGGAAGAAACCCCGUAUUUUGCCCUACCUCUGGAAACCCGAAUCCAGUUUUCGAAAAGAAAGAAAGUUUUGCCGUGAUUUUUGCUUAGGAAGUGAGUAGACGUAUAAUGUACCGGCAUCUUCCACUGCUACGUAUCCUCAACCCAGAGGGAGGUCUAAUUAUUCCUCCCUCUGGGAUCAAAUAAAUGUCUUCCAACCCCCACAUGGAAUAGGGCUCUGAGACGCACCACAGAGCACGUAGCAGCGACUUUGAAGGUUUCGAGUCCGAUACCAUACCCUAAAAAGAAUAAGAAGAGCCUUUCUGCUUCAAUCGGCAGGGCUUCAGGAGUGGACUUGAGACGAAAACCUCGGUCAAAUGCGCCAUAGUUGAGAUAGAAUGGCAUUUACCCGUGUUCAAGAAAAUGGAAGUUUAUUUAGAGGGUUGUCGCUUUGAUCGAUAGUGCUAGGCUGCUUAAGACUAAGACCGGCGUAUUUCAUAAGAUUUCCUAAAGUUGGUUUAUAGGGUCUGGGCCUAAAGAAGCAUGGAUGCCUGGAAUUGCUAUUUCCAAUCUCAAGUCAUAUUUGCAUUUGCGCUGAAGAUUUGCGUAGGAAAGGUGGCCAGUCUCCUCCGACUCAAAAGCCCAAAGGAACUUAUUUUCCAUGCCCGGUAUCGAGAACCUUCUCUGCCUUUUCCAUGCCCGGUAUCGAGAACCCUCUCUCCCUACGACCUUCUUUCAGGGAUGCGUCUUCCUUGAAUUGAAUUGAACGGCACUUCGGAACUUGUGAAAUACUUUCUUAUCGCCAGGGCUCAGUUUAUUCGAGUAUUUGUGUUGGUCCGCACUCCUAUCUCCUAUCUACAGCUACCGCUAUCAAUUCCUAUUCCCAGUUUGUUUCCUCUAUCCCUUCCUAAAGUGGCAGAAGCAUUCGAGUAAGAGAUCGGCAUCACACUAGUGAAAGUCAAGUAACGGAAAAGCAUCUCCUAAAUAAAAAGAAAUCAAUUAGACUAGUUUUCGAAACGAUGCUCCCACAAAAGGCAAGCUUGUCCAAUACGGGUUACCUUGGCCAAAGAUAGGAAAAUAGAUGCAUCUUUUCGGAAAGGAGAUACGAACCUUCUCCUCUUGUACAACAAACAGGCCUCCCCAAAAGGCAGAAGCAUCUCCGCUUGGUUAUAGGCUGCCUUCAAGGAAAUACGUGAUACCCGUUCCCUUGGCUAGACUAGAGCCGCUAAAGAUCCAUUUGAUGGGUUGCCUCUGAGGAGCUGUGCCGUCCGUUGACACCUUCCUCAAGUGUCUGAAUCAAGUAAUGGGUUUGUUUUUUCUCGUACCUGCAUGGUUUCCUACUUAUUGGCUUGAAGCCGACCCAUAGCUUUGUUGUGGUGAGGAUGACUCUAUUCCUCUAUUUCUGAUUUCGAUUUGAUUCACGACUGAUCCACAGUUCGAUGUCUUUAGCCAGGGCAGAUCUCCCAAUCCGGAACGGAAGUCCGUAUUCACUUGUGAGAAUAUGAUCUUCCACACUGGCAUCCACAGCUACUACUCGUCCUUACUACUCCUCGGAAAUUGCAAUUCAUUCACAUCUGCUACCAAUACCAAGAAAUACCAAUACGGACUUCUUGUUCCAAUCGAAACGAGCAAACCUGGGGAAGAUAGCAAGAUUAGCAGAACGGGAACCCCCCACGGGGAAGGGCUCUGAGACGCACCACAGAGCCCGUAGCAGCGACUUUGAAGGUUUAUCGCCCAUCGGCCCAGAAAUCCAUAGAAAGACGAUUGAGAUUAGUGAAUGGCAUCGAUCUGAAGUUCAUAGAAUCUCUAGCGUCUCUUUGUUCGUAACAAAUGAGUAACUUAACUACUAAUGUGACGAAUAGUGCCAGGCGUAGUGUAUCACUGGAAUUCGAUCAGUCUGUUGGAAAGGGAUCACUCUCUGAUUCUGCUUCAAGUCCUGUGCGUGCCUGUUUCGAAGAAUGCUAUUCGCUCUAGUGGAAAAAGUAGCGAUUUAUGGCCAUGAUCCCGACCCGAACCCUCAAAUGAUGACGAACGGCUGACUUCACGUAGAACCCGUUAUGCCAAUCUGGAUUCCACAUCUGCUACAAGAAAAUCGUCUUGAAAGAUUGCAAAUCAAGCAUUCGUCCUUAGCGCAGUUCCUGAAAGAUAUCGUGCCAACAGAAAGAUCUCGUUCCCGUAGAUUCCGUUCGUUCCAGCAAUCGUGCCGGAACUCACUGAUCCAUUCAAAGGAUUUCUUUACCACUGCUCCCGAUGGCCAAAGGACCGAUAUCUUCUUCUCACGCCUAGCAAAGAUCGAGUUCUGUUCUCACUUCACUUAAUGAGCCUAUUUAUCUGUUUUUAUACCAUAGAUUAGAUUCUCAGGGAGAAGUGGCGCACUUUCUCGAGCUAUCUAAGCAUCCAGGGAAGUGAUUCCACAAGCUAGAGAGAUUCUCCUCUUUUCUUUUUCAGAGUUGAGCUGGCGGAUCAAUGUUUGUCAAAUCAUUCUCUGUUGAGUUGAGUCCUCGCCGAAGGUGCCGUGCCGUAUAGUACUUCCCCAGGUGCGCUAUAGUACUUCUCCGGUUAUAGGUGAUAGGUGCAUGGCUUCCGCUCAUAAAGAAUGAGUGAGACCGGCGCUCAAUCAAUCAGCCACCAGUAGAGGAUAAAGGAAAAAGGGGUUCAUCAAUGAGAGGCGCAUGAGAUUCUGUAUUGGCCAACUCUUUCUAACUAUCACUAGGCCGGAUACUCCGAUUCUCUGUGGACGAUUUCCUUCUCUCUCGUUCAAUGCCCUUUGGUCUCGAGGAUCACCAUUUGGUGGGGUUGGGGUCACACCCGAAGUCGUAUUGGAGAAUUGAGCGGAACUACUUCCAUGUGCACUCUUUUCUCGGGUCAGGAAGCCCUGUUUUUGAAGUGAAGCAGGAAGACCUCUUCGUCAUCAUUAUUGGGGUAUGGGCCCUAAAUCAUUGGAAAAGACGGUUUUCUUUAGGGAAUUGACACGAUAUCGCCUCCUUCUGUACUAAUCAAUCAAGGGAAUGGAUGAGUUCACUUAAGAAGCAGGCCUGGCCAACAGAGAAGUCAGCUCAGGUUUCAUCUCAUCUAAGCAGCAGCCAAGCGAUGAUUCUGGAAUCGUGCCAUGCUUGACAGUUGGACUUCUCGCCAUACAUAGAAAUGAACUGCUGAUGAGCUAGCUAUCCCCGAUAUGAUCUGGUACUAGACUUCACACAUGUUGCCAUCGUAUAAUCGGAGAAUCAACGCGGAAAGAAAAAAAGAUGAUUUUCGAUACUAGGAUGACUACUCCCGAGGCCUGUUUUAACUAAAGAAUUUACAGGUGGCCCGGUCGGUAAACUAUUCCCGAGAGAGGAGAAGCAGAAACAUCAAUCUGUAUUUUCGUAUCAUAUUCCAGCAGCUCCAAUGCCUUAGAGCGGGAUCUUAUCUUCCUAGAAAGAAAUGAGUGUUGCACACGGAUAGCCAGCUACUCCUUAUGAAUGGGAUGCAUGCAUAUUUCAAUUCAUGAACUGAAGCUCGUAGAAAUCCUUCCUAUCCGCCUAGUUACCUAUCCGGGCUUGUUUCGUAGAAAUCCUACCUUGCUUUUGUUUUGAGAAAGACUAUUUUUGAGUUUCUUCGGUGCAAAAGUAGGCAAGUCCGUUUCAUAUAGCUGCAAAAGUUAGCAAGUCCUUUUUCCCUAAGGAAACUCGAUUUCCAAUGAAAAAAGUGCGGAUCACUGGGUCAAAAGUAGUGUUUUUCUAGUUUACCUCAUAAAUGCAUGUUUUGAGAGCAAUAUUUUUCGGUCAAGUCCUAAUCACUUAGCUGUAAAAGUAGGCUUUUUUCAUCUCCCGAAACCUCCCCAAAACUCCACACCAAGCCUUUAGAUACGCAAAUAUGAGCUUGCCUUGGCUUUAUUGCCCUUAUCGGAUGGAAGUUACAGAUGAGAAAUGACGUAUCUUACGUAUCGAAUCUCAAGUAACGGAUGAGAAUUGACGUAUUCAAAGUGGAAAGAACGAAUAUCGAUUCUCGUGGAUGAACGGAGGAAAUGGGAACUUGGUCUUUGCACUCUUCUUUCGGGGGGGUUAUCCCAUGACAUGAUAAAGACCAAUCCAAAACUUCUUCGUUUCGUUGGUAGAACCAACGCCGACUCUUCUCUAAAAUAAUAGAGAGAUCUUUUGAUAGUAUCACUUCUAUCAAUGCAAUGAAAGAACUAUCCCUUCCUAUUUGUUUGUCCUAAUGAGACAAAGAAGAGCCUCCUUCUUUACCACUUUAGGGGAUGGGGGUGAAGGGGGGUUUACAUACAACCGGGGCAAAGUGGUUUAUGAUUGAAUCUCAGAGGCAUUCUUAUCAUUUGGUAGAUCCAAGUCCAUGGCCUAUUUCGGGUUCACUCGGAGCUUUGGCAACCACCGUAGGAGGUGUGAUGUACAUGCACUCAUUUCAAGGGGGUGCAACACUUCUCAGUUUGGGCCUAAUAUUUCUCCUUUAUACCAUGUUCGUAUGGUGGCGGGAUGUUCUACGUGAAUCCACGUUGGAAGGGCAUCAUACAAAAGCUGUACAAUUAGGACCUCGAUAUGGUUCUAUUCUCUUCAUAGUCUCGGAGGUUAUGUUCCUUUUUGCUUUUUUUUGGGCUUCUUCUCAUUCUUCUUUGGCACCUACGGUAGAGAUCGGAGGUAUUUGGCCCCCAAAAGGGAUUGGGGUUUUAGAUCCUUGGGAAAUCCCUCUUCUUAAUACCCCUAUUCUCCCUUCAUCCGGAGCUGCCGUAACUUGGGCUCAUCAUGCUAUACUCGCGGGGAAGGAAAAACGAGCAGUUUACGCUUUAGUAGCAACCGUUUUACUGGCUCUAGUAUCCACUGGCUUUCAAGGAAUGGAAUAUUACCAAGCACCCUCCACUAUUUCGGAUAGUAUUUAUGGUUCUACCUUUUUCUUAGCAACUGGCUUUCAUGGUUUUCAUGUGAUUAUAGGUACUCUUUUCUUGAUCGUAUGUGGUAUUCGCCAAUAUCUUGGUCAUCUGACCAAGAAGCAUCACGUUGGCUUUGAAGCAGCUGCAUGGUACUGGCAUUUUGUAGACGUGGUUCGGUUAUUCCCAUUUGUCUCUAUUUAUUGGUGGGGAGGUAUAUGAAAGAAGGGAACGAAUAAGUGGAUUGAGGAAUAAAAGCUCGAAGACAAAGAGAACUUUAAGAGAAUGGAAUCCUAUUUAAUAUUAGCAAUUCACAUAUAAUCUUAAAUAACGAUCAUCCUCCUCUGUGUGCAAAACGAAGCUGCCGUAGGUAGUUGUAUUAUUAUGGAAUUGUGUUUUGAUUCCUAGUUUAUAAACGUUGUAAGGUAACGUUUCUCGUUGGUAGUAGUUGUUGUUGGUUAUAAACGUUAGUUGUUGUGAAGCAUAUGAGAAUAUGCCUGGUUUUGGGUAAUAUCUUAAGAGGUGCAACGUUCUCCGUGGGUGUUGGUACGAGUGUGGUUUUUCACAGGUCCGGAGACAAGAAAAGAGCCGAAUUAGUGUAGGAAUGGAGAUUUCUACUUUCCGUAGUUGGGUUCGAACCUGAAGAUGGUUUUGUGGUGUCUGCUUCGUCUCUAGAUUAUGCUUCGUCUCCAGAAUCCCUACCCUAAAGAGUGAAAUUGCGUAGCUUAAGGUAGGUGUUUCCCCAAUCCGCGCAAAAUAAACGUAAGGGCUGUCUAUUGGUAAUAGAAUUGAAAGGGUAGAAGGUAUCAACCCCUCGGCAUUGUUGGAGAAGUUUAAGUGGGAGUAAGCAUUGCCCCCUUACUUGUUCGUUGUCUAUCUGUUCUACUAACCUAACCUGAUGUCUACCUGUAGAAAUCUAUACUCGUUUGAACUACUCGAUUGCUAUUUUUUUGUCUUUCCUUUACUAAUACUAACUACUAAUAACGUGCGUGGAAUAACGAGUUUUAUUUUUUGGUCUGCUGAUUGAAAGAGGAGUGUUAAAGCAAUUCGCUUACGAAAUCACAGUCCAAAGCAAAGCAACUACUUACUGGUUUAGCUCGUGUUUUCCUUUUUGAAGUAGUUUGGCAGACGCAUCGAUUGUUCGUGGCUGGUCACACGGCUCCGGUGCAUCGGGCCACUCUCAAUUGUGUGGUUCCGAAAAAACUAGGGCUCUUCUCGUAUGAGCAGGCUUAUCAACCACUCAGAAUAGGGAGCUUCCAGCGGGAAGUCCAGCUUUGGGACGUUGCCCCUCCCUCGGAUGAAAAUAGAUCUCGUGGAGACGGGCUUGACAAAAGUCAGUUAGCAAGCGGGUGUUCCAUAAAAAAAAAAUAAACUAGGAUUCUCGGAUGAUUCAAGCUUUUCAAGAGUGAGUAAGUCUCCCUACUCAUCGGAAAAUUAACACUCUGAGGCGCUUAUUCCUAUUCCCACUUGAAAAUCUACAGCCCAGUGCUCCGCCGUAACUUUAGUUAGGUCAAGCCUGCUUUCCGCACACUCUGUCAUGUCCUCACUUCAACCCCCAUUCUUUAGGCACCGUAAUUUCGCUGCUUCUUUCUUCUUCCAACCAGACAAAACGUAUGGAUCGCUUCCUGCUUCCUUUCUUUGGAGAGAAUGGGCUACGGCACCUACAAGAGCAUAUGCUCGGGCAUCCAUCCAAUUAUGGAAUAUUCAGGCCAGCAGUAAACGAAUGAAGACAAUGUCAAAUGUCAGUGGUCAUCAUCCCUAUAAGAAAUAUGGGGAAGCUUUGUACGCAAUCCAAGCAAGUCAAGCAGGGACACUGAAUCGGUAAAGAAACCAGCCUAAAGAGUAUGUAUUCACACUGGUACAGAACAUAGAUCAGAUCGUAAGGGAUAGAGGGAUGCAAUAAUAAAGAAAGAUCUUGAUUUUAUCUUUCCUUCCUUCCUGCUUAGGAAAGUUCGAGUUGCCGGGCCUCAGAGCCAAUUCCUUAAGGAAAAUCUGGUUUCUUACUUUAUUUGUGUGGGGACCCAUAUUUCAAUAUGUUCAAUUAACCUCACACCGGACUUUGUCACUUUGAAGCUCUAAGGUAUCUCGUACAAAUACGCAGGAGUCAGGACUCAUCUAACUACUCUUUCAACUAUCCCUACUCUUACUUAAACUGUCCCCCUAAGAAGUCAUCAAAUGGUAACACGAUGCCGGGUGUGGCAGGGAUCGAAAAAAAAAGCAUUAGCUCAUUCGCAGAGAGAGAAUGAGAGAAGGUGGAUAAUGGUUAGGGAUGUAAGUACUAGAGUUUGGUAGGUUUGAAUUGUGUGGCCAGGGGUAUUGGUUACGAUUCCAGUGGUCUUCAGGCGAGUUGACAAAACUACCCCUAUGCGAAAAGAAUGAAGCUGAUGUGGUUGUUCCAAUUUAUGAAAUUGACUUGCUCUUCUCUCGAUUGAACCAUUGCAACCAAGGAUUGAAAAAAACUUCUAUUUACUCGAGUUUCCAUGUGAUAGAUUUUUCCUACGGAAACGUUUCCUUUUUGUUAGAAACCCAGCUCUUUCCUUUCCCUUCCUGACCAUGAAACAGGCUAGCGCCUUUUAUGAACUCUUAUCCAAAAUCUCUCAUCAAUCAAAGUCUGUUCCUUCUACUGCACCUCAAGCACCUCCGGUUCAGGUCUUUUAUGAUUGUGACCAAUUUCCUGGCCCGUUGGAAGGCCAAAGCAGCCCAAGUGAUUGAUCUCUCCCCAGAAAAGGAACAAGUUCGGAUAAUGAUGAAUAACAUGAGUAGGCAAUACCAUGACUAUUUCUAUUUCCAAGCGAUGACCACGCUCUUUGAUUGAAGCAGCCACUCGUAUUGAAGAUGCUAUCUACAAUGGGAUGGGACUCAUGGAUCACAGGUCAAAGAGGCAGAUCCAAAAGGAAAGAAGAUAGCCCUGGGGGGAACAAGCAAGAACAGUGAAGUGAAUAUCUUGUCUGACGGAAAACCAAAGACACUCAGGACUUUCACUCCGUUCGGCAUAACUCUCAGCCGCGCCUUGGAAAAUAAGCUUAAGAAGCAUGCUGUACUUCCUCCUGCCAAUAUAAACAUGAUCGAGCCAACAUUGUCGAGUUGGUAGUCUCUGACUCCCUCCUUAUUACGCCAGCCGGAGAAAAGGGAGAAACCGAUGGUAGAGACAUGACUGGAAUCCAGGAGACUGACGAGAUUGAGCCCCCCUAUCGUAAGAAUAGAACGCGAAGCCAGGUUGAUUGAUGCCGAUGUAGUGCAUAUUCUCGUAGGAGAUGAUAGUUUCAUCACGAGCGAGAAUCUCCCACCAUCUGCUAGAUCUUGUUCUUGGUUCUGUUGGCUACUCUCUGGUGGGGCCCACCCUAUGUUGUCCCAGUGUGUAAACUUGCCUAUGAUGGGGUAUUGAUGCAAUAAUACAUGAGGGCCGAUGUAAUUGCAUCAUACUCAAGAGGAUGAGGAGGUCAUCUAAACCCUAAUACCUAAGUAGGAUAAGACAAUCUCUUUUAUCCCUAAGCAAUUUUAUUGAUAGAAUAUAGCCUGGUAAGCACUAACCUUGUCAGCAAGCUGAAUAACCUAUCCCUAAUAAGCUAGCCCUAGUGAGUUCUUGAAAGUAAGGCAGUAGUCUCUAAGGACGAGCUUUGACCAGUAGUGAAAGUGAAAAGCGAAUAAGAAUUGAUUUCUUAACUUAUCUUUUUUCAAGUAAGAGUCUACUCUACUCUACAUAGUAGGCUAGAACUAGGGCUCUACGGCUGGCGUCCACUUGCAAAGGACCAAUUCGACUCUGAGUUGUCGUAAAGAAAAUCCUUUGGCACUUUCAUGCGUGAUGGGUUGAAGCCACUCCAUAUAAAAGCGUUGUCAAGUAGGCAAGGUGUGGAAAGUAAGCUGCUUCUUCUAUCAAAGAGAUAAAUAGGGCAUUCCUUCCAUGCCUAUUCUUCAAUGGAAGGUGCUCCAUCCUCCUUAGAUGUCACCAGCCCUGCCUGGGCGAGGGAGGGAAGAGAUGGCUAGUAGGGAUUUAAGAGCAGUAAGGCGAGCUAUCGUUGUAAAGAAGAAAGUGUCUUUCAAAACUUUUUCUUCCAAAAGAAAAGUACUACUUUCGUUUUGGUGAUUGAAUGAGGAAAUAGGGAAAUGAACUCUUUAGUUUAAUGAGCGUGCUCGAACCGACUAAAUAGAAAAACCAUGUUUACGAAAAAUAGUAAUUUUAUCUGGCUCUUUUUCCUGUACUAACUCGAAUAAGCGGUGGAUCACUAUGCUUUGGCCGUUUUUUUUUCAACAAAAGCAGUGCGAAUCUAUGAGUGAAAGCUCGAAGAAAGGGCACAGGGUCUCUAGUCUGGAAAGCGAAUCAGCCCUUAUGGGGAUGCACGCUACGGAAUAAAUCCCGUUUGCCUUUCUGAAGAUAUAUUUCUUACUUCUAGAGUGAAAAGUUUUUCACUACUUUAUCUUUAUCUUUAUCACAUGUUGUAAUGUAUUGUAAAGCAUCUUGGAAAGCCCUUGAUAUGCUUUCUUCCUACUUGCCCGCAUCAGAGCAAGCAGAGGUGGAAACAGCAAAGUCAAAGGUCAGAUAUAGCCUUCCCGCGCGGGAUCGCCCUAACUAGUCAUAAUGGUAUGCUGGGUAUCGAUGUCUUACUUAAGCUGGUGGAACGUAGUGAAGGAGAGCUUCCUUUCUCUCUCUCUAUGAAGCUAUAGAUCAUCUAUCGGAGAAAUAGGUCUUGCUGCCUCCUUUCCUUCUCCAGCUUCGGUCUCGCUCACGGAUCUCAAGAGACUAAGAAUCACGAAUGUGCUUAGGUCCCUCCUCACACUCUUCGUAGUACCUCCAGUCUCCUCCACUAAAUCAUUCUCUUCAGCAGUAUCAGGUGCCAAGGAAUCCUUGUAUUCGGUAAAAAAGCUAUGCUAAGAAUCAGCAUAUCCCUUGCGCAAGCAAGAGCGAUUUAUUAAAUAAAUCAAGGAUUCUUGUUAAAUAUAAGAAAUCAAAGUAUUACACGCCAAUAUCCCUUUUAAUCUAUAAUCAGGGGAUUCAUUCUUACUAUAAGUGUUAUGAGAUCAAGUAGGCAUGAGAUAGAGGGUUUUGGUUGUAGCAGAAGCACCCUUCUUGGUUCUCCGUGCUAGAGUAUCACUACGUUUGGCUUCAUUUGUCAACCUUCUAAUCCCUUGUCCUAUAAGGGAAGGGAUUAUACCAUGUGGCCUGCUAUUCUAUCUUAAGGGGAAACCACUCACUCUCUUGACUAUCCUCCGUAAGGAGAUUUGUAUGAAUGAAGCAUCAACCAAUGUUAAUAGCCAGUUGUUGGAUCAGAAUAAACUACCCAGUUCAGUCUUCUUUCCUCGUUCGGAAUAGAGAUCCAAUACCUGCUUUCAUAGAGCGGCAAUAGCGAAGUACUCUUAAGAUAAGAAGCAUCUCGAUGCGAUGCCAAAACUCCUCUACAUGCGCGCGGUAUGAAGAUCGAAGUAGCUCCUAGUCUAAUGGAAGCCCGAGAUCUUGAUCCUAACCUACUCGUCUAUGGUCCGGUAGACUUGUUGGCCACUUUGUGAGGUGCUACCUUUGAUGCCAAGGAUUAUCGACGAUCUGCUCAUACUCAUGGUAUAGCUGCUGAUGCUAAGUCUAUCUAUGUAGUGGAUGUAAAGAAGCAAGUCGCACAACACUUCUCUAGUCUAUCUAAUGCUGGUGCAGCUUAUGGAUCGGCAGAGCACUAUGCGACAAAAGUUCGGGCGAAUCCGUGACACUAAUGAAGUCAUGGAUAACCUGAACGUACAAAUCUGCACCAGCGCGUAAUUCCGAAAUACAUAUCCUGAUGCUGGUGAUACAUACGAUCUCUCUGAUGGCCCGAGGUGAGGGUUGUAUAUAGUUAGCCCUAUAUGUAUCCUCUCAGGUAUCUCCCUCCCCAUACCUAUACAGACAUAGACUACCUAGAGUUAGAGUAUUUGGGUAUUGCUAUCCCUACGCAAUGUGUUGACUCGGUUUCCUUCCUGUGGUCAUUGCUCUGGUAAUCAAACAUUAACAUGACACUCUCUAUCGUACUCUUUCUUCUCGGUAUCCUAGGAUUCGUCCUCAACCGAAAGUAGAUAGAUCAUCCUCAUGCUGAUCUCAAUUGAAAUCAUGCUGCUAGCUGUGACAGUACUAGUGAUUGUAAGCUCAUUCUCAUUCGAUGAUAUCGUAGGACAAACAUCUAGUAUCUACAUCAUCGCUAUUGCAGGUGCAGAAUAAGCUAUAGGUAUAGGUAUUCUUGUAGCAUAUUACCGUCUACAAGGAGAAAUUUAACUAAGCUAACAUGUAUCGUCCUUCGGGCCCUAGGGUCUAUUCUGACUCUCCCUAUGCUAGGUGCAAUGGGUGCAGGACUCCUUGGACGUAAGGUAAGAAAAACUGGUGCACAUAUUAUUACUUGUGUAGCUAUGUGUACAACAGCUCUCCUAUCUUACGUAGCAUUCUAUGAAGUGGGUCUAUCAGGAUCACCUGUAUCAAUUCGACUUGGUAGCUGAAUCGAUUCAGAAUGGCACAGUUGACUGAGGAUUCCUAUUCGAUAGCCUAACCGCUCAUCGAAGACCUCGCUGUAGUAACUGUAUAAGCACUAGUACACAUCUUCUCGUUAAGCUAUAUGAUAUGGCAGGAGAUACACACAACCAACGAUUCUUCUCAGACCUCUCUAUGUUAACAUUCUUUAUGCUUGUGCUCGUAGCUGGGGACAACUACCUAAUUAUGUUCCUAGGUUGAGAAGGUAUCGGGGUAAGCUCAUACCUACUAAUCAACUUAUGAUAUACACGACUCCAAGCUAACAAGUCUGCUAUUAAGGGCGGCCCUUACUGUGAACCUAGUAGGUGACACAUUCCUUAGCGUAGGAUUCUUUGCUAUGCUAUUCCUAUUCGGUAACCUAGACUAUGCAACAGUAUUAAGUAUCGUAUACUAAUGAAUAUGCACUGACAAUCACUGGACUACUAUUCCUAUUGGAACCAUCCAUUGCGAUGUCUGCCUGAUCGAACUCGCCCUCGGAGGAAAAACUCUCCUCUUUCCACUCAAGUAUGUUGCACCGUAUCUGGUGUGGUAUCCUCUCUUUUGAUAUUUAUGCUUACGAAAGCCCAUAUUGUAAAUAAAGAGCACUUCUUCCUUAUCCUUAUCCUUAUCCUUAUCCUUAGUAGCUUGAUUGCUGUUACACCUGUACUGCGGAUCUUUACUAUACUAUGGCAUUGGUCAAUUGAAAUCGUAAGAGGUUGAGAAGAUCCUUUUCUCAUCUGAUGCUUUGUUGUUUGCUCCGAGACUCAUAAGAGGUGAAAGAACACAAUGUUACUACCGGAUUUCAAGUGAGUGUACCGGUCUUGUCACUACAGAUGGUAGUUGCCGAACCCAUUGUUGAACACGCAGCCUUCUUACCGAGAAAAAACAAAAUGCUAGUUCUAACGAACAGCGUUUGUCCCAUCGACGAAGGCUAAUGAGACUUGCCUUUCUUUGCCCUUGAUUCUACUAUAGAUAUAGAUAUAGAUAUAGAUAUAGAUAUAGAUAUAGAUACGGUGCUGCAAAUUCGCAAGCUGAUCCUAAUCCUAAGUAUAAGUCAAAGUAUAAGUCAAAGUAAAAUCUUUGUCUCAAACCAUCCCAGCAAGAGGAUGCGCCUAGCGCUAGUUGCUCAAUCCCUUGCUUGUUUGUUUUCAUAAAAAGAAUGGUUCUUUUAUGCAAUUAUGAACGGGCAGGCCUCUUGUGGAUUCCUCCAACUCCAUGAAUGAAGGGGGGAGUAUGAGGAAGGCCGAUUUUCUUUCUAUAUGAAGAUGAAAAAAGGAUCAGGGUCAAACAUUUCUGACUUUUGUUGAGUAUGACUGAAUGAGGAAGAGCUCCUUAUGUGGUAUCACUUUACCACCAUCUGAAAUGCGCGAAACUCCGAUUGGUGGAAGCCAGUCCAUGAAGAUUCUCCCUUCUCUUACGUGAAAUUCCCCUCUUUCGGUAAGCAUCCAGUAUCUCAGCAAAUGAACAUUUCUCUAAGCUUAUCCUGUAGCUUAUACGUCGUUUGAAAGCUGCUCCAAGGAUCCAACGAAUAGCUAAGGUUUGUUGACGAUCCCUGGCUACAAUCCCAGGAACAUCAUAAAUAGUACCUGCGACUCCUACUUUGACCACUUCGCAUAUUGGCUUUAUAUUAUCUACGGCGUCAACCAUAAGUUUGAUUACAUCGCGUUCAGUUCGAGCUAGGCGGUGAAAAGUUUUAUAAACAAUAGCACGAACUCUCGUUCUUUUACCAUCGAUCAUGCGAAAGUUUACCAAUUUCUUGAUCAAUUCUUUUUGCUCACCAUCAAAGUCCCCCAUAUAGCUGAGAAUUUCCGAGCAAUUGGAAGCCGCUUUCGAUGACGAGGCCGAUAAAUUGAUAUUACGCGAUCGUUACUGUCCAUCUUUUUCAGCUCUGCUCCCAAAAGAGAAAGGAGACUUAAAGAUCAAUAUGUGGGCGUAGGUUUUUCCAACGAAACGAAAAAAAGAACAUUCGAACAAAUAGACUUGAUUCCAUGACAAAACAAAAUGCUAGUUCUAACGAACAGCGUUUGUCCCAUCGACUUUACUUUGGCCAAUGAUACUACUACUACUAUAUACUAUAUACUAUAUACUAUAUACUAUAUACUAUAUACUAUAUACUAUACGCGUUUUCUGAGGAGCAACAUGAGACUUGAUUUUCCGUUGGUUUUUCUAUUUUCUAACGAAAGUAUUAAUUAAUAUGCAGGAUAAUAUAAAUGGUUGGUUUUGUUCAAUACUUAGGUAUAGGUAGGGCUGACUACGCCACCUCAGCAGCUGGGACUGGAAUUGCUUACAAUGCAUCUGGCCACUGACUGAAUUCGAAGUAGGGCCAGUGUAUAAAGACCGGCUUAUCUCUCUUAAGACUUAGUCCACUUUCUACUAGAAUCAGAUUUUCUAGUUUGCAAGCAGGUGUGCCAGCUGUAACAAAAACUUACGGCUUAGGUGGAUUUCUUUAGUCAGUCUAUAACUCAGGCUUUUCUUUAUAGGACUCCCACACAAGUAAGUAGCUAGCUAGCUGGUAUUGCCAAAGCCAAAAACACUGCUGCAUUCGAAAAGGCGAACCGCGCGGACCCGACUUCUUCCUUUUAUGCUGAAACUAGCCGCCGGGGGAAAAGAGCCCGGAAGGGUAAAAAAAACAACUAGAAGCCAUUGGGCUAUUACUGCUACAGCGAGAUAUUGCCUGAAAGAGUUAUCCCAAAAGAAGGUUCUUCUGAAACGAGUGCUCAAGCCAACAAGCAAACGUAUACUUGAUUUUCUUCUUUUCUUGCAGCAUUCCUAAACUCAAAGCUCUAUAUUCUAUUCUUACGCUUCCAAUAUUCUCUUCCAAAAGCAAUAGGUUGUCGACAGAAGUCAAUGAAGCAACGUUUGAAAGAAACAACACUUCUUUCUCAAUUUCCACUUUAGAUAGGAGAGUCUGGUCCUUAUAUGAAACUGGUAUGCCAAGUGGAAUUCUGAGUACGGUUGUAUAGGACUGCUUUCAAGAUAGCGAGCAAGACCUACUCUCCUGGAAUGGGGCUAGUCAAAAGAAGACACCUUGAUAAGGAUUUGCUAACCUCUGACUCCCUUUCACUUCAUAUUGGAAUAUAUGAAACUCUCAAAGAUGUGCUUUCACUUUGAUGACAAGAUUCUCAUCACGUACUUACUCUUACAUAGCUCAAUCAAUCUGCUAGAAAGCUCUGCUCAGAAUGAAUUUAUGGGGUAUUAGCCACAGCAAGUAUAAAAUAAGUUUCUUUGGAAAGCAAGAACGAAGUAGGCGAGGAAAGGCAUACAUAGGUCAGAAAAGUAUGCAUGGUCGUCACGGCACGGGUAAGGAUUCUCAUUCCAGCAUUCUUGGGUCUAGUUUUGUUUGGACUUGGGCUUAGAUGUAGUGGGUUCUUGGGCCACAGCUUUACCUAUCAAAACCUUCGAAGGAGCAUUAGUCUUUGACACAUCAAUCAACCCGGCGUAGGAGCAUGGGAUUUGGACACAUCAGCACCAAACCAGUUGUUGAAGUGGAGUAUGAGCUUCUAUCCAAUCGAAAGAAGAAGCAAAGGCUUUUCGGUAAAGUAUCCGUUUUUUAGUGGUCCUUGCAUUCACUCCUCCAAGGAGGUGGUAAUUCAUCCAUAGUACGUACGCCUAUCUAUGGAAAAGUUCUUUUGUUGCUUCAGCUGUCAACGCAUUCUCAGCCCCUGCAUAAUGUUUUUAUUAAUAAGCUCUCUAUCGGCCGAAAAGGUCUUCUUUAGACCAGCGGAUGGAUAAGGCUUAGUUUUGUGCUUUUCACCUUCCACCGGCUUCGAGGCAAAGAUAUCCGGGGCCCUAUUCUUAUAUUCACGUUAAUGAAUGGAUGGGUAGCACGGAAAAGUAAGUGCUAACAAGAUGAAAGGAUUGUCCAAUACACAUACAUACCAGUUAGAAGAGGGAAGGGUGGCCUCAGCUGUCGGAGCCAAGCAUCGGAUGUACUUCCUCGAUGAAAAGGCACUGGAUAGCGAUAGACGUACGAUUUCAAUCAAUUCUCUAGGGGCCCUGGAGAAUUGAUUGAAACAAGUCAAGUAUUGGCGUAGUCAUAUACAUAUAUCGUCCUUGGCUCGUAGGCGUAAUUCGUAUUCGUAUUUGUUAUUAAUUUCUUUACUACGUCGUAGGAAUAUCUCUAAAUAGGAAUCGUAUGUACAUGUUUCGUAUUGUGAUAAAGCACCUAUGCCGCUAGAAAUAGUAGCGCCUUAAAGAAGGCGUUAUUUACAAGAUGGAAUAGUGCUACGUCAUAAGCAGAAAGACCACAAGCCAUAAAUGGGUUACCUAGCCACAUAAUUACAGACAGGGACCCAACUCUUAGGCCAGUCCGAAGGGCAUUGAUGGAACAAACAAAGGUAGAAGAUCUUGAUUCUCUGCAAUUCGGCUUCAACCCGAUGGAGCUCUCUUCAAAACAUAUCUUUCGGCGUCAGUCUUUCCUGCCUUACCUUAACCCCGCUUUCACGUGGCGAUUCGGUAUGAGGUUUCUCUGAUCUGUUUACGGUAUUCUUGAAGCUUUCUUUCUUGGUCACCGGACAGAGUGAGAACUGCUCUGCUUGCUUUCUUUCCCUAGCACACACUUAGUAGAUAGUAGGCACAACUCCGCUAAGAGCUCAUCGAACUUUACUUGUAGAGUGAGACCUGUGCUCGAUAUGGUUCAUUUCAGUGCUCUUUCUCUCGGUAUGGUUCACCACAUGCCUGUGAUCUCUCUCAAGCUAGGUAUCGGAGAAGUCCGUCAUGGAAUUGAAGUGGUAGAGUGGUAAGUGGGCGUACGGUCUAUGUAUUUCUUAUCAGUGGCAUUAGUUCCUUUUCAUUCUCUAGAUAGAUGAACAAGCUUCUCUUUAUAUUAUAGAAUAGAAAGGAUCAAAAGGGCUCUCUCAUCUCCUAUUUGUUUGAGCCAUUCAUUAUAGUGGUGGUGCCGGGAAGGCAGCUUAGCACUCUAGUCCUUUUGAGUAAGGAAUUGUAGCACGGGCAGGCAAGAGACAACCUAGCGAACUGAAACAUCUUAGUAUAGUAUAGUAUAGUAGAGAAUUUGGCGUUGCCACAUAAACAUAUAAGUAAGGUUGUGGACCAACUAUCCGGCAUAGAGGGAAAAAAAAGCAGUGUGCCUUCUACUCAUCGCCCAAUGGGUACUCGACCGACUUCAAUUGGUUCACGAUGUGGUUGAACUCGCUUAUCGGCGAGGUACUUUAGGCCAUUUUGAGGAGCCGACGCAGGGCAGGGCAGGAGAUGAAGUUUGUUUGAACUAAAGGGCGAAAGCUAUAUAUAAAUAUACCGAAAUGAAAGAACUGCUGUUUUUAGCAAUUGAAAGUUGGGGAAAUCGCUCAGUUGGUUAGAGUGCUGGCUCUGGGAAUCCACGGAUCACGCCACACUCGGACAGUUCGCCCAUUGCCAAUAUGCCAGAUGAUGGAUUCCUUGGUUUUAGUUAGUCGCUGCUCUUUCUAUGGCAGUGGUUGAUCCUCUCGUCGUGGGUCGGUUUAGUCAUUAGCUCGAGAGGACAGGGGAGAGAUAGGAGACAAUCUAUGUAACCUUAGCCUACCCCAAUAGUAAGUAUCGGAAAAAGGACUCCUUCUCGAAAGAGAUAGGCAGUCAUCGCAUUAUCUACUUGAUUAUGAUAUUUAUUUUUAUCCAACGGAUAAUGCAAAUCGCCUAUAAAUUAAAGUGAAAGUUCAGUACGAACUGGUAGAGCGAGAGCAGCUAGUUUAGAAGGAAAAGAAAAAGGGCGCCUACUCAGUGGUAAGUUAGGUCAUUCCUUUCCGGCUAUCAGAAAAGAGUAUGAUCGAGGGUCCCAUAAGGCAAAGGGAAGGUGCUCCCCCGACCUACUACCCUCGGAGAGAUUCCUACGGUUGCAAUGGUGAGUUGUGAACUUUGUAGAGCUUCGUUCUAGUUCCAUCAUUUUUCUGCAUUCUUUCUAAAGUGCUAGUUUCCUCUAUUUCUAAUAUCAGAGUAACACGGGAAUUCUCUCUGGGAAUCCGCUCCCCCUGCUUGCUUGUAUUGGGCAUUUGGCAGAGGCAGGUUCUCCAUCAUUAAGAGGCUUCUCACUUUGGUAUCGAUAUGCGUCUGAACUCCUCCACUCUUUCACUAGGGGUACACACAACUCUGGACUUGUGCAGCUAAUAGAUUACUUUCUCAAAACAGCCUAUUUUGGAGGAAAUGCCCAUGGGAAUACGGUUCUUGGGAUACCACAGGGGAGUACCAUCUCACCGGUCCUUAUGAACAGCUUUCCCCACUGAAUCAUUAGAUCACCCGCUUAUGUUCCCUAGUUGUCCAGGUGUGACCUAGUUUGCUUAGUAAGUAUGGAAGGACAAAAGACGAGUACAGAUGACUACUAUUCUCCGGCAGAAAGUCACUCAUUUCCUCUUAAAGGUCCCAAAGAUAUGAGUAAAAAACUCUUCCAAAUCAAAGAUUUGCCUAUUCUUCGUAGUACGAGAAUACUCUUACUUCUCAUUGACACAGACGAGAAAGAAGUAAGUAGAAUAAAGGAAGAAUGUUAGUAUAGUAAAAGGAAAAGAAAAAUCCAUUAUAUAUGCUAUAUCUCAUUCACUGAGUAGUGCAAUAAGCAACUAUUCGUUGACACCAACUCACUUAUACUUGAAGACAGGAACAUAGUAAAGUCAGCUAAUCCAUUGACACAUUCUCUAUUCUAAGACAAGAAAAAAGAGUAACUGAAGAAUAGUACUCUUUCUAUUGUUCAUUUCCUAUGAAUCUUUCUUCAUUCACUUCAUUGAAAAGAUAUUGUGCAUUUACCUAAUUUCCUGUCAUAGAUAGUCUAGUGAAGCUAGCUUACUAAUGCCAAGAACUACUACUCACCAAAACCUAUCCUUACUAAUACACGGCUAUAUGAUAUUCUUAUUUAUUAUUCUAUUUCUAUAUUUACUCAUAUUCUAGUUUCGUAAAGCUAUACUUUAGAGAAGGAAAGAGAGAUUCUAGGACCACUUGCCCAUAAGAAUAAGACCGAACUUAACUACCUGUAACUGCCCCAACUGCCCAUGUGUACUAACCCCCCGAAAUCACUUUCCCUACUGCUACGUUGAAAUGAAAAUGCCCGCCUCCAAUCCGCUUAGUUAGACCAGACUCUCAGACAUAUGAUUGUUGAGUUAGCCAAGUGAGGGGUUCGUUCAGCCCGUCAAUAAAGCUAUUCUCGGUAUAGAAAUAGAUAAGAAGAGCUCCAAUUAGGGGCAGGCGCAAUAAGGAAGGAUUGACGAGACCCACCGGAACUUCAACUUUCAGUCUUCUAUACGUUACCUGCCUGGAAACAUGUUGGGUCGUGUCUUAACAUUCCGUUCUAAGAAAGAUUCCACCUCUCCUCGACUACCGAGAACCAGCCUUCUUUCUCCAGCUAGAGGAGAGAGGUUUCUUUCAUGUUAUAUUCAAAAAUUGAAUACCCUCAUGUCUUUACUAUACUAUGUGUACAAAUCCGGCACUUAAAGCGGUACUCCCUCCCCAGGGAAUGAAUGCACGUCCAAUUAGAAACUCCCCUCCCUACGUGGGACCUAUCUUCCUAAUGCCUUGCUUCAACUACUACUUAGAGUUCUCCAACGGACCUGUAGAUAUGGUAUCUAGUUUGCUUUGAAUAAAUCAAGUUGUAAGAAAGUGAUCUAUCUCAUAGUUCUCCAUACCCAAAACCAUUUAUUUCACUGCAAAGACGAGUACGACAAGAAGAGAGGAGUAGUACAAAAGACCCAUAUCAUAGAAGAGUGAGACCUCCAUAAACUCUUACCUAUCCCAAUAGACACAUGACCUAGCCUAGCCCCCACCGCCCUAUUUCCUGUACCCACGUUCUUUCAAUGCCAAUACUGCUACUCAUACAUAUGAGACGGCAGAAAAAUGGGCGAGAAAAAACAUAUCUACUUUACUAGACUAGUAAUACCAAGUAACGUAACGAUUCUAGUUUUAUUAGACUCCUUACAAGCCCUAUUUUUUACAAGUCAUAGAGUCAUCCGCCCUGUUUUCCUCCUAUGCUUCUCUAUUCCUAUCAAUAAGCCCUUCUCCCGAUAUUCCUAUCAAGAAGAACUCUCUCUGCCUGGCUUUGCUAGCUUCGUUCUCCUUACCAUAAAGUCUAUUUAUUAUAUUAUUGGAUCCGACCUGUGAGAAACCAAUCGGAGUUCCUACAUUGGUAUUACUAGUUGAGCCUAUAUGAGCGUACGUUGGAUACGGUGCAGUUAUAUAAGCUAAGAAGAGCUGCUUAUAAAACCUUCUAAUAUACUGAUCGGUGGCUAGGUCAUUGGUGCUUCUGCUUUUCUUGCCUCCAACCAUGCGGUACAAGCUCAGAUAUCUUUAGAUUGAGCUAAGUGAUAUCGCUAGGCAACCCCAGCGAACUUCCAACCUAGAUCAGUCCUAGAAGUUCGUUGCUCUGAUACCGAAUCACGGAAGAAGAAGAAAAAGCCAUUUAAAGACCCAAAUAUUCAGUUAUAUCUUAUAGCAGUCAGUGGAAAAAUGAUCAUCGGUUCGCGGAUUGUUUUCACUCUGUUCUUCGCUUGAAUGGAAUUCUUCUUCUGCCUAGCUUUUGGUUCUCUUUUAGGAUCGUCACGUUAUACGUUACUCUUUCGUGCCGUAGUUACUCACUGGGGAUGAAAGCCAAGAACUAAACGAUCAAGAAAGAGGCAAAUGAGAAAGAAGAAGGAGCAGGGUCUCGUGUCCACUAAGAAAGCAGACAGUCCAGUCUAGCAUCUCUAUAUCUAAUUGAGUGGAAUAAAAACACAUUAUCGAAAGAGUUCUUUCGAGAAAUUAUGAUUCAGACGAAAGUGGUCAGUUCUGUUCUAUUUGAAUCUGAGCCGCGGAAUCAGCAUCUACCCAAUCCUCAGUCGUACAAUGAAGGCUUUAAACCAAAUAAGUUAGAGGCAGCAGUGAAACAAGAAAUUACCGAGCGAGCACCAGGCUUGGGAAUAUGUUGAAAGAUGGAAAUGCAGAGAAGAGGUAAGAGGAAAUUAUACAGGCUUGCCUACAAUCCCUUUCCUUGUCAGAAAAGCAAUUUCACCCCUAACUUAAGAUGCUUACCUACCACUACUACUGGCUGGAGGCAAUGGCUUUAGGAUAUGCCCUGACCGAGCUACGUAUCUUUCCUAUGGGUGGGUGAAAAAUAAAAGUACUAGGAAGAAAUGUGCUUUUUGUGCGUGCUUUUUUUCUAGCAAAAGUGCUGCAAUAGAAUUUUGAAAAAGCUUUAUUUAAAAGAAAAAGUAUCAUUCGCAAAGCUAAACAAAGUAAAGUAGAGAAAAGGGGGUCAUCCCCUUGGCCAGACUGAGCAUCAAGCCAGCCAAGAAGUCAAAGCUGAGAAGGAGUGACUCGCAUGAGUCAACACUUACUACUCAGGUCCGGUAGAGCAAUCUCAAAUUAUCAUAUAGAAAGAAACUCUCGACGGGAGGAGUAGUUUCAAAUAGAAGUGAAGUAAACAGAUUCAAGUUAGCCCAGUGUAGAUCCUUGGAAAAGCAGUUCAAAGCAAAGGUUUUGUUAUUGAAAGCACUACUUUUACAUAUACAUAUAUAUGAAGAUGAGUUUUAUCAAAUCCUGUGGUGACUUCCCAAGCCAAGGUAAAAAUGUGAAGUAAGGAUUUCCCAUAUAUAUGAAACUAAAAUGAACCCUCCUCGGCUAAGGUUGAAUCAGAUAUAGAAGAAGCGGAAGCAGGAAGCUGAAGGAUAUCCGUAGCGAAUGAGGAAUAGGACAUGCAUGUGAGCUAGCGAAAAGGGAAUAGCACAUUCUCUAGGGUUCGUAUCAAGCGCUAGCAAAUGGAGAGGGUCAAUCGAAUCCGUAUCCUCGAGCGCUGGGUCUGUCCUCUAAUGAGGAGCUCCUUGCUUUUUUGAUCCGUGAAUCCGGAUCUGUACCUUCAUCUGAAAACUAUUCGCCGGUUGUCCGCAUUCCUCUCCUCGAGCGAAAGGUGUUCCCACGCAAUCGCUAUCGCUGUUCCUACGACGUAGUCAAUACGCAUUGGAAUAAUGGCAUCCCCUCCACCGUAGUAAAGUAAGAAGUAACGGGUCUACGCCCAGCUUCCUUGUUCGGUUCUGGUUACGGGAACGGUUGACUUUCGAAAUAAAAUACCCUUCUUCCCCGUUUUGCAAAUUCACCUAGAGCUAGCGAAGCGAGUCCGUUUCCAGCGAUGAAGAGCUUUUUUAUUUAAUGAAAUAUUGGUCUACGCCCUCCUUUGAUGCCCAGAGGAAGAAAAGCGAAGGAAAGAAUACUAUCUAUAACUAUAACUAUAAGGGAAGGGAAGGGAAGGAUAUUGAUAAAAAAUAGGAAAUGGAAGUAGAUGAGCGUCUGUCAGGUGCUUGUUGACAUUUAUAUUGGAAAAGAGCUUUCGGUUCUAUUCCUUUUUAGUUUUAAGUAAAGGCUUUUUAUCGACGAAUAAAUAAGCUCUUUCUACUUUGCCUUAAAAGCUCGUCCUAAGGAAAGCAAUUUGAACUUGCUUGAGAAGAUAGCAGAAGUUCUAGUUAUUACAGCUAAAGUGAUAGCAACUCAUGAACGAAGUGCUCGACCAUAGAUAGGGAACGAGCGGAAAAAAAGUAGCGAGUGGAGCCAUAGAAGAAAACUUUUUUCUUUAGGUCAAGGUGAUAGCAAACCAUUUUUACAAUGGCACAUAGCUGGCUUCUAUCUUCUAUCCUAUCUUAUUAUGCCGACGCCUUUCUCGGCCAAAUGAUAGAGGCGCUUCGGACAGGUAGAAGGACUAAUUCAGUCUAUUGGUGUGGCUAUCGAAACUUCUUCGUCUAGUCUAGAUUGGCUGUACGGGUUACAGUUCUUCUUUGUUAUUGGAGUCGAGGUAGCCACCACCGGGAAAAGGAAAUAGGCCUUCAUUCGUUUUCUUCCUCGUAGUCGUCCCCCGGCUAAGGUAUCAUCAGAUAUAGAAGAAGUAGAGACUGGGGGGAUAUAGCUAAAAAGGAAUAUAACUCGUCCGAGGGCGUGGGCGCAGGUGCAGUGCCAGUUUCAAGAAAUGCGUAUCGAGAUACCAGUAUCGGGCUGGUAUUGGCUCAGGGCCCAGCUUCACCUAAGAACAGCCCUUUUAUAAUAUCCAUAGCGUAUAUGACCGUAGUUACCAAGCCCUAUAACGGAAUUCCCAACAACGGAUGCCUAUACGGCUUUGUGAAAUCUAGUUGUAGUAAAGUAAAGUAUAGAGAUUUGAAAGCAGCUGGAUCCCAAGAGCACUCUUAUUCCUCAGCAAAGGUUUCGCAUCUUUAUCCAUCAAUACGAGACGAGCUAUGAAUACGAUAGAGAUAUUCCUUGAGAACGUUCUUUGCCUAGCUCAUCUACAGGAAACAGAUAGUCUUUCCCAUCACUCCAAUCUUUACUUACCUACCUUGGCUUAACUCAUUAACUUCCACGACUGGGUUAUCUAUAACUCCUUAUGAAGGCCUUCAUUCUUCUCUUAUUUCAACUCGCCUGUCCCUGUCAACUAGAAAGGUAGUAAGCAAGUACUGAACAGAAAUCCAUUAGCUUAACACAUGCCUACGUUACAAACAUUAAGGGAAGGGUAAGGUUGAUUCAUUUUCAUUUUGUUUUUCAUUCACAUAGGAACUUAGCUUUGAAAGAGGAUGAGCGGUAAAAUGGAUUAUAUAGCAUUCCUCUCUUUUCUUGCAUUUCUGGAUUUCCUAUCCUAGUUUAGCUCAUGGUGGUUCCCCUUUGGGAAAGGGGGUUCUCCUUGAUCCCAGUUUAGUAGGAAUUGUUUUCAACUAAGGAGGUUGAUUGAGCAGGAAGUUGGAAAUGAUCUGAGUGGCAGUAAUCUUUUUGAUCUAAUCACAAAAUGUCAAUAUCGAAUUACUGAAAACAAUUGAGAGGAAAGAGAUAAGCACAUUCUAUUUGUCCAUCUAAUGGAAAUGGUUGUCAAGAAUCUAUAGUGUAGUGUUCUAUUCAAAUCAAUCUGUAGGAACCUCUGGUACUGCUAUAAUAUAAGAAGGUACCCGGCAGGCUUGAAAGCACGAGCUGUCUUAGCUCUUUGUUCUGUCUGAGCUUGAACUAACCUGUGAAUUCGAACAUUGACUUUUUUAAUACGUUUGUGACGCUUGCUUCUUUCCUUGCCAUAGCUAUUAGGUAACCCCCCCGGUAAAUGCCCCGGUCUGUCUAGCUUCUUACACUCGGAAGGAAUCGUUGAACUGGAGUUCCAGCUUUCCAAAAAACCCUGUCUCGCAGAGCACCAAUUAACUCUUUUAGGCCAGUCUCAGGAGUUUAUUUAUUUGAGCCUCUGUCUCGGAUAAGAUUAGUGCGAGCCACAUCCAAAUACCUCGGUCAAAUUAUUAAGUUUAUUAUUAUAUUAGGCCGCAGGUGGUAGAAUCCCUCUGUCUCACGAGCAAAACAGCCAAGUAAGCUAAGUUUGGAUCUGAUAAGGUUGGGUUAAAGCCAAAGUAAGGAAUGAAUGGAGAAGCACAGUCUGGCUCUACUCUAUAAGUAAGGAAAUCUCUCUAUCCGGUUAUUUUAUUUGUAGUGAAAAUCUGUCUCGAGGGGAGCAAGCAAACUCCAAAUUAAUAUGAAUACGAACCUGGUUCAACAAGUCGAAAGUCAUAGGAACUUAGCUUAGAGAUUCGGUUUCUUAUGUAACUCGCUUGCUAGAAACAAGUCUUGGAUGCCACAACUCCACAUCCAGUCAGUAAGUCUGUAAGUAAGGUAACUUAAGAAAAGCGAGCCAGAUAAGAUUGUAAGAAUCAAAGCGAGUCCAGCAGAUGAUUCUUAUUUUCUAGUAACUGGUCGUCUGUACUUAACU